AUGGGCAAUGCUUGUCCCACCAGGAAAUCCCUCGAUGGGCCGUCGAGAGAGAAGAUUAGCAUGCAGACGGUGAAGGAGCGCGGCUAUGUCGUUCUUUUCAACAAGGUUUACAACCUCAAGGACUAUGUGCGCAAGCACCCAGGUGGUCAGGACAUUCUCCUCAGUGUUUUUGGCAGAGAUGCCACAGUUGAAUAUGAGACGAUGAGGCACUCCCCACAAGCUCUGGAUCAGGUCCGUCAUCUUCUCAUCGGCAGCUUGAAUGUCGCGGUGACUGAAGAUGGUCACGCUGAGAGCCCGAGCGCCAGGAAGCUCUCCUUGACAGGUGGCCGGCCGAAUUCCCGGCCUGACGUCGCAGGAAGCAGAUGGUGGAACGUCGACGUAAGAGGUUUUUUGCCAAGUAUGGAUCCCGUGAAGACGCUGCCUCCGCCCUGGGAUGCCCUGAUCUCGCUUUGUGAGAUUCUUCCCUCCGUGACAAUCCAAAGGUCAUGGACCCAUGCCGUGCUGGAUCUUCCUUCGACGAUGGACGACGUGAAUGAAGCCUUGGAUGAGCUUACUGAAGGCGAGCUCGAAUGUUUGCACUCUGCUUUGGGCUACGUCUGCCUCGCAUACGUCCACAGCGUUGUGGAUGUCUACGAGAAGAAUGUUGUUUUGAACAUUGUAGGUAAAACAGAAGAAGUCACGAAGCUGCCCGACUGGCUGGGUGCUCCAUAUCUAGGAGUUAGUCGGAGAUUGGAUCGGCAGCCGAUGUUGGACUAUGCCGGCUGCGUACUGAACAACUGGGAACGAAUGGAUCCAAAUGGGCCCAUCAAGCCGUCGAACGUGCGCUUACUCCGCCGCUUCACGGGCCUGAUCGACGAGGAGUGGUUUUUCAAGACGCACAUCAUCAUCGAAUCGGAAGGCGGACAUGUGGCUGGUGCCUUGAAAUCGAUUUCUGCAGCAAUGCGCAACAACGAUCUGCACAACUUGCUGCAAGAGCUGCACUUGCUGGAGGAGGCGCUGUGGAGGCUGGCUUCCGUGUGCCUCCCCAUCAUGUUUGCGCGGUCGCCGCACGACCACAAGUUGCUGUGCGAGCCCUUCAUGUUCUUUUUUCGGCUGCGUCCGUACAUCACGUCAGUCACGAUGGAAAUGUGCGGGCAGAGGUUUUCCUUGUCUGGCCCCUCUGGCGCUAUGAGCACAAUCCUUCCUGCAGUCGAUGCAUUGCUGGGGAUUCGGAACACAUCUGCGGAACUUCGAGAGGCAGUCAAGACGUUCGAGGGCUAUGUUCCGAAGGAACACAGGCAGUUUCUUGAUGGUCUUCGCAAUGCACCCAGCAGUGUCCGCAGCUUCAUCAAAGCCGGCAAAGCGACUCUGGAAGAGAGCAUGUGGUAUGCGCUGGCCGGGGCCUACAAUGCUUGUAUCUCGAGGGUCUUGGACUUCAGGUGGAGACAUUGGAGCUUCGUUGAGCAGUUUAUCAUCCGACCCUCCACCGCGACUAGUCCGAUGAACACAUCCGUCUGCCCUAUGGCAGUUUCGGCGGAUUCUUCCGUUGAGAGUCCAUCGAGCAGUCACAACCCUAUGGUUGGAACAGGCGGAACCACGUUUGAUUACUUGCAGCAGCACAUCUCAGAUUCUCAGGUGGCCAGGAUCACCCUCGGUCCGAAAGGAGAGGCACACGUCCGGCAAGAAAGUGCGGAGGCGUCGAUCUCCGCACCACAUGCCAAUCUGCCAGUGUUCGGCGAUGUGACCAACGGCCACCUUUGGGAUCCGACUGGUCCGAACGGCUUUGUGACUAAUCGCUGCGGGAAUCUGCCAGGAUGGGGUCCAGGUUUCGCCGGUCCGCUCCCUGGUUGCUCCGCACUGAUGGAGCUCGCGACCAUUAUCCCCAACCUCUGCUUCUCACAUAUUUACUCAGAGGACCCUGAGUCGCCGGCGAUUGAUCAUCCCUUCGUGCUGAGGUGCAACGCGAAGCGAGCGGAGCUCGAAGCCCUGGUGUCAAGAAGCGGCGGAGAGCCGGCCCCAGUCGCACGUCUUCGAUUUGCUGAUCUGGAGCACACCUGGAUGCUGCUUUGCAACGUAUCUUCGGCAUACAAGGCGAUUGAGAUUCCAGGGAGCCUUCAGGAGAUGAAUGGCGAGAAGUGCCCUGUCACAGCACGCUCUGGCACUUGCCCUGUCCAGCCGAAGCGAGCCAAGACGGAGGACUGGCUGGAGAGCAUCGUUCGACAAGUGGCAUCAAUUGUCGGUCGGCCAUGGAACGGGACGCCUGAGUAUGCCGAGCUCGUGCUCAAUAACUGGUAUGUUUCGCCGAACGAUAAUAUGAGCCCGGAUGAGGUGUUCGUCAUCAAUCGCCAGACCAUCCAGCAUGUUCAUCCCGUUUGUCGGUUUCUGGCGCUGCCCGACGAGGAGUGGCACCGGAAGCUGCACAUCCUCCUAGAGGCCGAGGGCGGCCGUGCAGUGGCUGCAGCAUACAGGUCUCUUCGGGAAGCUCUUCCAGCGAGAGAUAACGAUGGGGUGGGUGCAGCCCUGAACCAGUUGGCAGCGGACAUUGAUUCCCUCACGGAAUUCCAGCGGGACCAGUUCAAUCAGAAGGAUUGCCGAGGGGAAGCACUGAUGAUUUCGCGCCUGCGGAAAUAUUCUUACCCAGACCUUCAGAUGGAAGAGCUUGCUGUCUGGAUCUACACGGAAGGAAGUUCGCCGCUCCUACCGGCCUUACAUGCCAUUCUUGGCCUGCGAAAGCUGGACGGCAUUUCUGGGCCGUUGCAGGAGCACUGGCAAAGCCAGGGUCGGCUGUGUAUGGCCGAAUCUCAUAGACAGUUUCUUGACUGCCUCGAAAGCGGCAUGUCAGUGCGCGCCUACUGCCUUCAAGUCUGGAGAUACCUGCCUGUGGAAGCAAUCGCGGCGCUUGAAGAUGCGUUCAACAACUGUAUUGAGGCGCUUCUGAGAUACUGCUCUGUGCGGCAGAGGUUCGUCAGCCGAGUGCUACCACGCGUUGGCCACAUUCAGACACUGAGUGCCAAGCAAGAGAACGUCAUUCGAGCAGGACGAUUGGCUUUGCUGCAGAUGCGGCGAGUUGCGGAUGCACAGCGCAUGCAGUUGGCCAACGAGGCGCUGGCCGGCCUUCUUCCCUCUUGA